CCAGGCUGAACAUAUUAACCUAAUUUACAUUUAGACAAAAUGGAAAUUAUUUCAUCAAAGCGAUUCAUUUUAUUGACUUUAGCAACUUCAAGCUUCUUAACUUCAAACACCCUUUGUUCAGAUGAAUUAAUGAUGCCCCAUUUUCACAGCAAAGAAGGUUAUGGAAAAUAUUACCAGCUGAGAGGAAUCCCAAAACGGGUAAAGGAAAGAAGUGUCAGUUUUCAAGAACUCAAAGAUUGGGGGGCAAAGAAAGAUAUUAAGAUGAGUCCAGCCCCUGCCAACAAAGUGCCCCACUCAGCAGCCAACCUUCCCCUGAGGUUUGGGAGGAACAUAGAAGACAAAAGAAGCCCCAGGGCACGGGCCAACAUGGAGGCAGGGACCAUGAGCCAUUUUCCCAGCCUGCCCCAAAGGUUUGGGAGAACAACAGCCAGAAGCAUCCCCCUGGCUGGUUUGCCCCAGAAAUCCCUGCACUCCCUGGCCUCCAGUGAGUUGCUCUACGCCAUGACCUGCCGGCAUCAAGAAAUUCAGAGUCCUGGUCAAAAGCAACCUAGGAAACGGUUGUUCACGGAAACAGAUGAUGCAGAAAGGAAACAAGAAAAAAUAGGAAACCUCCAGCCAGUCCUUCAAGAGGCUAUGAAGCUGUGACCUGCAGUCUGAGCAGCUCUGUGGUGUUGACAAGGAGGAGCAUCGAGGAGAGCCAUCAUUC